AUGCAUGUACGUAGAAAUAACAAAUGUUUAGGAGCUGGUCUAGGAGUGUUCGCAACUUUAACUCUACCCGUCGGUGUCCGUUUCGGACCGUAUCGCGGCGAAAUCACAAAAGAAAUCGUUUCGAAGUACUGUUGGCAGAUCUAUGAUCAAAACAACAAACCAAAACAUGUUGUGGACGCGGCAGACGAAGAUCGUUCUAAUUGGAUGCGCUACGUAAAUUGCUCCCGGCAUUGGAACGAGCAGAACCUACUCGCCUACCAGUACAAGGGCCAGCUUUAUUACAGGACAAUCAAAAUAGUGCCACGGUUCACCGAGCUUUUAGUUUUCUACGGCAGCGAAUUCGCCAGUUUUCUUGACGUCGACUUGAGACUUUAUAAUUCACCCCCGCAAAUACAAGUUUUUAAAAUGGCAAUGCGACCGAUAAUUUAA